ACGUACAUACCUCAGUUUCGCAGAAUCCGUCGUCGCGUUCACAUCCCUUUCCCGAACUGGGACCUUUUCUAACAAGUCGACGUGACACACAUCACGCCACAUCUUCGACAAACCCUGUGAUACAUUCCCUUUAUCAAACAGUGGUUUUACAUUGUUAUUAAUGUAAUGUAAAACUUUGAACAUGCGGUGUUUUACCAUCUUAUGCAGACAGUUGCAAAAUUCUGUGAAAAUUAGUCACUCGAAUACGUAGAAUAUUUACUACCAGAAAUUUGCAUUAAACAACGAUGAAUACUAAUUUUCGUAUGAAAAACAAUAGUCCCAUAAACGAAUGCGGUGUGUAAAAGCAAGUGACUGUGAUAUGAUUUUGAAUAAAAUUGCGGAUAUAGUGAGGACGACGCAUAUGUUUCAAUGCCAAGUAAUAAGUAAGAAAUAGGCGAUCGCGAAUUAAAAGGAAUCAUAAAAAUUGAAUAACAAAUACGCGAAGUAACGUUGCAUGCGCUGCAUUUAAAAGUUUACAGAAAAUAUUCGGGUCUUGCAAACUUCGUUGAACACCGUGAAAUGAAUAGUUGGUUGGACUAAUAUGAGAACAAAGGGAAAAUUUUGAUGAUCGUAGAAUUCUUUUUCUCUUUUUAGACUUUCGACGAAGCUUGUGCACGCGAUAUUAUCUGUGAACUGACUCCUUUAGUUUUGUCCGAGGACUACAGAGAAAAAGCUCGGUCAGACGUUAGAAGUAAAAUCGAAAAAAGGAGGGAAACCGUGGGACAAUACUUCCGUUCGAACGAGAUAAAACGCAUCCCACCGAGGUACUUCUCGGUUUUCCAAUUCUUGUGGACGCUGCUUUCUUUUUUUACGAAAGAGUAGGCAAAAACUUACCAUGGUAUCGACUCGACAGCAAAUUUAUUGUCUAUCCGCAGACUGGAAAAUCUGGUAGAAGAGGAGGAAAAGAAAAGGACCGAAGCAGGGUGAACUUAAGAAUCAUUUUCUAUUUGUCGAGCCAUUAGUCGGAAGAAAUUCAUUAGACAAUUCGACGCUUGGGAAACCGGAACACGUGACGGCCAAAACUUUCUUUGUUAGUCCUGGUUUUCAUUUUGGUGCCAAAGAAGUCUCUUUUCUACAGUAGAAACAGGGAAAGAAGAACGAUCCACUCUAUCUAAACCAUUCUACCAAGAAUCAAGUGUUCUGGUGGUUUGCGAUAUUAAUUGCAUGGAAGCUGGCGUAUCAGUGAUCAAUGUUAGAAGAUGACGCUGAUAAAGAAAUAGAACAAGGAGAGUCGUCUUUAAUAUCAUGGAAAUCGGAGACAAGUAAAUGUCACUCGGCCACAACAGAGGAAACGAGGCGAAUCGGAUCGAAGCGACAACUUUUCCGCCGUGUAUUUCUCCCUUUUCUUCAUCCCUGAACGCUAAACGUUUAUUGAACGAACGUCGAACUUGAGAACGUUCGAAAUGGAGACUGAAAGCAGCAAUAAUCUAUAAAAAAGGGAGUUGUUUGCUAAAUUCUCCCUAAGAGGGUUCGUGCUUUUCGAUAUCAAUAACGUAUGAGGGAUCCUUAACAGAGAAAAAGAAAGAUGCAUCCUCUUGAGUUAGUGAUCGUGGGAUGGCUGGCAUUGGUGAUAUCCACGUUGGUCGAUGCCAUCGAUUAUUUGGACGACUACUCAGCGAUGGAUUACACCGACGAAUCGGACAUCGAUUACAAUACCACGAAUUGCACCAAUAGUUAUUGUAUCUCAAACGAAGAGUACGUGGAUCGUAUGAUAAAUUAUAUAUUCCCCAAGUUUUGGGACUGGGUGUUGAUCGCGUCGCAUAGCGUUGUUUUCGUGGUCGGCCUAGUCGGGAAUGCGCUAGUUUGUAUCGCGGUUUACAGGAACCAUUCUAUGAGAACGGUGACAAAUUAUUUUAUUGUCAAUUUAGCUGUGGCCGAUUUCCUAGUUUUAUUGCUUUGUCUUCCGUUCACCGUACUGUGGGACAUCACCGAAACCUGGUUUCUAGGUUUGACCUUGUGCAAAGCCGUGCCAUAUCUCCAGACAGUGUCCGUGACCGUGAGCAUAUUGACCCUAACUUUUAUAUCGAUAGAUCGAUGGUACGCUAUAUGCUUUCCCCUGAGAUUUAAGUCUACCACUGGACGAGCAAAAAGUGCGAUCAUCGGAAUUUGGGCGAUAGCCCUUCUAUUUGAUAUUCCAGAUCUCGUGGUGUUGCAUACCGUCCCACCUACGCACAUCAAAAUAAAGACCGUUUUAUUCACGCAAUGCGACAUAUCCUGGAGUCAAAGGAGCCAGGUCGCCUUUACUAUCGUCAAACUAAUUUUCCUUUAUACCGGACCUUUGAUCUUCAUGAGCGUAGCCUAUUGGCAGAUUGUAAAAGUCCUUUGGAGGAGCAACAUUCCAGGACAUAAUUUACCGUCACGAGCAUCCCAGAUGAGCCAGAUCCCAUCGACCGGUGGCGGAAAUCCGGAAGUGCAGCUGAGAUCUCGACGAAAGGCGGCAAAAAUGUUAGUCACGGUGGUCAUCACAUUUGCGAUUUGCUAUUUCCCUGUGCACUUACUCUCCGUUUUAAGGUAUACCACCACAUUACCAUCCAAUAAAUGGAUAAACGCCAUCAGCUUAAUCGCGCAUGGCCUAUGCUAUUUCAAUAGUGCAGUUAAUCCUCUGAUCUACAACUUCAUGAGCGGGAAAUUUCGGAAGGCGUUUAGGCGUACAUUUCGCUGUGCUCGAGAGAAUGGUUCUCGAAUACAGCGUGGAUAUCUUGCGAGCACAUCUAAUUUUCCUCGAAUAAAAUCUCGGACCACGACGAUACGAACGACGUUUAAGAAUAACAAUAACCUUCAACGAAAUACCGAAAUUAUACCUCUCAGUGCUAUAACCACUAUUCAGCAGAAUGAAAAACACGAUUGAUUGGAUGCAUAUACACCAAUAAUAUGACUAUCAGAUGCGCAGUAAGAUUCACAAGUAAUUUAUUUACAUGUAAUUUGAAUUUUAAUACUAAUGUAGAGUAUAAAAUAUUACAUAAAUAUAACAAAAACACUAUGUUCCACUCGGUAGUAUUUUAAAUAAUAAAAAAUACUUGUGAAAACGAUUAUAUUUAAUUCCCAAAUUCAUAAAAAUUGGUAGACACUAUAAGUUCCAUUGAAAAAUGGAAUCAUCUGAUAUAACGAAACAUUGAAUAUUAUUGAAUUAAUAUGUAAAAUGUACUUACAAUAUUAAAAAUUACCACAUAGAAGCUCGAUGUUUAUUCUCGCAGAGCGUAAACUAUAACAUAGGCACAUAUGAAUUUGUAAAUCAUUCUUCAUAAUAGAAUGAUUGUAUUUAGAACUAUUAUAUUGUAUGUAAUCUUCAGACGAUACAUAAAGUUCGCUGACAAAAUUGUAUGUAAAAACUUUAAUAAGAUAUAAAUAAUAUAUACUAUCGCUAUGUCAUAAAUAUAUGAUGUAUAUCUUA